AUGGCCAACUCAUCAGGAACCAUUGGCAUUGGCUGCCAGCAAGAAGAUAAUAAUUCGGCAUUGGCAAUUGUUGGUUAUGCUUACCGAGCCCCCGACGUGGGACGAUCUGGCCUGUGGGAUCUCCUGGCAGACGCAAAAUGUGCAUCGUCCCAAGUGCCGCCUUCUCGCUUCAACCAGGAUGCGUAUUAUUGCCCUGACUACCAAAAGCCGGGCUACAUACAUGCUCAAGGCGGGCAUUUCAUGCCGCAAGACAUUCACGCGUUCGACGCCGCUUUCUUCAACAUCCGGCGAGACGAGGCCAAAGCCAUGGAUCCGCAGCAGCGCAUCACCAUAGAGUGCGCUUUCGAAGCUUUCGAGAACGCCGGAUGGGGUCUCCAAGACGUAGCCGGGCGUAACAUCGCCGUGUUCGCGGCGCAUCAGGGGUCGACGUACGCCGGGCACGCAGCCGAGGACCUCUUAACCACGAGUGCAUACAGCGCCAGUGGUACUGCCGGGUGCAUGCUAGCUAACCGGAUCUCGUAUCUCUUCGACUUACGCGGCCCGAGUGCUGCCAUCGAUACGGCUUGCGCCAGCAGCUCGUAUGCAUUUCACCUGGCAUGUCAGAGUAUACGCCUGGGGGAGUGUAGUGCUGCUCUGGUCUCUGCGGCCAACCUCUUGAACGGGCCGGAGCUUUGGUCGAUGCUCGAUACUGUCGGUGUACUGUCAUCUGAGGGUAAAUGCUUCUCGUACGACCACCGGGCCUCGGGCUUUGGACGAGGUGAAGGCAGCGCAUGUCUUGUGGUGAAGCCAUUGGCUGCGGCACUCGCUGAUGGCGACGCUAUACGCGCUAUUAUACGUAAUACAGCAGCUAGCCACUCAGGUCGAAUAACCGGUGGCAUAACAAUGCCGUCUCAGGAAGCCCAGGAGGAAUUAGCUAGGCGUGUACAUAGGGAGGUUGGGCUGGAUCCCAAGGACACUGGGUUUGUAGAGGGCCACGGCACUGGCACAGCUGUUGGUGAUCCCAUUGAUGCAGCUGCCAUUGCCUCUGUGUAUGGGAGCCCACGAUCGACAGUCGACCCUGUAUAUCUCGGAUCGAUCAAAUCGAAUAUAGGCCACCUUGAAGGCGCUAGCGGCCUUCUAUCAAUCAUCAAAGCGGCGCUGAUGCUUGAGCGUGGGGUUAUGCUUCCCAACGCAAAUUUUGAGAAGCUCAAUCCAGCUAUAAUGGCAGCCAGCGGCGCCGACAAGUUGCGAGUAUUAAAGGAAACAAUGCCAUGGCCAAUGUCUUCGACUCCGAGGCGCGUAUGUGUGACGAACUACGGACUUGGCGGAGCCAACUCUGCUAUCUUGCUGGAGCAACCUCCUAACGAUGAUCGGAUUAAUCUCAAAUCUGACGAGCAAGUCAACGGCCAAGAUCAAUUAAACGCAACUUCUCAAGUCUUCGCCGUAUCUGCUGGAUCAAUUUCAAGUUUGAGCGUCUAUGUAACCUCUCUUGCACAGUAUUUGGCUUCUGAUCAAGCUCACAACGUGCCAAACUUGUUGCGAGACAUAAGCUUCACAUUGGGCCAGCGGCGCACACACUUCAGGCAGUCUCGACGAGCAGUCGUCGCUCAGUCUCUAGAUGAUCUGCGGAACCGGUUGUUAGAGAUCUCUGGUGUUUCCGAGAGAUCGAAUGGAACACACUUGAAAGGGUCUGUACCUGUACCGGUGCUUAUCUUCACCGGCCAAGGUGCUCAGCAUGCGAGCAUGAUUACAGGGCUCCGGCGUUAUCCACAAUUUGUUGACGCACUGGCACGGGCAUCCCAGUGUCUCAAGAGACUUGAAGCGCCAUGGUCGAUCGAAGAUGAAUUAGAUCGACUUGAAGGCGAUUCGCGUGUCAACGACGCUGAGAUCUCUCAACCAGCAUGUACCGUGGUCCAGAUUGCCCUAGUCCUGCUCCUUCGGGCUUGGGGCGUAGUACCGACGGCAGUGGCCGGUCAUUCAAGCGGUGAGAUAGCUGCUGCAUUCGCCGCGGGUCUGAUAUCGUUCGAGACCGCGGUUGCCGUUGCAUAUUACCGCGGUCAAGUAGCUGCCCAGAUCAUGCGCAAUACCGCCCUACGGGGAGCCAUGGUUGCUAUUAGCAUAGGCGAAGAAGAUGCGGAAAAGCUUAUUACUGAGACGUUAGGACCUGAUGGUCACGACAAAGUGACUGUUGCAGCUGUGAACAGCCCUGCAUCCGUCACCAUCUCUGGAGAUGAAGAGGCCGUGAAUUCCGUCCAGCAAGCGGCUGAACAGCAAGGUCUCAAUCCUCGAAGGCUUAAAGUCAGUGUUGCAUAUCACUCCCAUCACAUGCAAACGGUGGCAGAGUCGUAUAAGGCUUUGAUCGAGCCUUACUGUCGCCCCGAUCCUGAUCUAGGCUCAGGCCUUGAAAAAGCUGGACCCGACGCGCUUCAAACUCGGGCUACUUUCGUAUCUUCAGUAACUGGCCAAGUAGAAAUGAGUCUUGAUGCAUCUUACUGGGUGCGCAACCUCGUUCAGCCCGUACGAUUCUCGGAAGCACUUGAGCGCCUGCUGAGUUUCCAACACGGUGAGCAAGAUAAGAACUCUAACGUUCUUAUCGAAGUCGGUCCACAUUCAGCACUCAGAGGUCCUAUCAGACAGGUACUAGAUUCUUUGCGAAGCAACUCGAAUCAGGCACAUGCAGGAGGGAGGUCGACGACGGGACCACAGCAGGCGUCGUAUCUCGCCUCUUUGCAGCGAGGCACUUGCCCUGUCCUAGCCAUCUUGAAUCUGGCCAGUCGACUUUUUGAGAUGGGACUCGAUUUGAACUUUGAGGAAAUAAACCAGACCAGUGUUGCACGACUAAUAACGGAUCUGCCCGCCUACGCUUGGAACCACGAGACGACAUACCUACAUCGGCCUCGCAUUGCUAAGCAGAAAUUGCUGGGCGGCACUCCGUACAACGCACUUUUGGGCGGCCGUACUGCAUACUGCGAAGGAGAGGAGCAUUCGUUCCGUAACGUCUUCACAAUCGAUGACAUGCCGUGGUUGCGAGACCAUGUCGUUGGUGGCGACGUUCUGUUCCCCUUCACCGGAUUCUUAGCUCUGGCUCUCGAGGCAGUGCGCACUGUUACUACAUUCAUAGCGAGUGGCAGCACACCAGAGAGCAUGAAAAUUCAGGACUUGGUUGUGAGACGGAGUUUGAAACUUGUUGAGGACCAGCCUGUUGAUGUGACUACCAAAUUGAAGCCCUCUGGAGUCGGAUCCGAAACAUCUGCCAAAUCAUCACCAAGCUGGAACUUUGAGAUACUAUCCUGGUCAGAUGAGAACGGCUGGACUUUACAUUGCCGUGGUUGCAUUGCCGCCACAGAGCCACUGAGCUCAGAAAGCUUCGUCGUCUCCGAAACCCUGGAGGCCAUUGAACACUCAAUGAACAGCGGCCCUGGGCUCAGAAGAAUAGAUCCCGUCAAGGAAUACCGGACCGCAGCCGGCUCCGGUACGGCAUAUGGCCCCUCUUUCGCAACUAUGACGGAGCUGUGGGAAAGCCCGAAUCACGAUGUGACGACGCAUGUCAACAUCUUGCGGUCAGGAGCGUUGAACCCGCCGUCUACUUUCCUGCCCCUUUCCCCCGUGACCGUAGAUCCGCCGACUCUCGACUCCUUCUUCCACGGCAUCCACAUUCUCCACGAACGCGCCGACGGGGUGAGAGGCGUAUACGUCCCAACGAACGUCUCGCGGCUGCGCGUGUCAAACCGCAUCCAGGCAGAACCCGGCCAGAAAUUUACGGUUGUCAGUCGCGUUUUGGAACACAGUCGGCAAAAUGGCCGAAUGGAAUUCAGCAUCGUUGUCUUCUUAGGCUCCCUCCAAGAUCCGGGACCCAAAGUUCCAGUGCUGGAGAUUGACAGAGCGACAGUCAAACGGGUCAGACAACCCACAAUAGAAAGCAUCAUGUCUAGCUUUCCCACCACGUAUAUCGAGCGUCUUGUACCGCACAUCGACCUCGUAGACGGCGGUGAGCUGGCAAAGAUACUGACCGAUUAUUCACUCGAGCAUGACCAGCUAGAGAAGCGACGUCUGGGAAACCAGGUCGCCUGCGGUUAUAUGGCACUAGCGUUACCGGAGACAGCCCAGGACGACCUAUCGAAUCUGCCUUCUCACCUAGUCAAGUUACGGGCCGCCGUGCAGAAGUUUGUGAACACAUGGCCCGGCCCCAGUUUGCCAGAGGAAAUGGGAGAGCUAUCUUUAGCCACCCUGCGGCCCCUGGCAGAUGCCAUCGGGCCCGCAGGCACUUUGCUGCGCAUCAUCGGCGAGAAGCUGGUCCCUAUCAUGCGCAACGAGGUUCAAUCACUGGAGCUAAUGAUGCAGGAUGGACUGCUCUGGCAGCAUUAUCAGGAUGAAGCCGCCUUUAGGCGAGGUAACCAAGCAAUGGCGAAAUACGCCCGCACCUUGGCAACGACAACAUCUAACCUGCGUAUAUUGGAGGUGGGAGGGGGCACAGCUGGCACGACCAAGCCGGUUCUCGAGGCCUUGUCGUCUCAAGAAGUUUUCCCGUUUGCGGAAUACGUGUUCACGGAUAUAUCCUCGGGCUUUUUCGAAGCCGGUCGAGAAAAGCUGGAAAAAUGGUCUGAUAGGAUGACUUUUGAAAAGCUUGACAUCUCUAAGGAUCCCGCCGCUCAGGGCUCUGCAUUCUCGGCGGGCUCGUUCGAUUUAGUUAUUGCUUCGCUCGUUUUACACGCAACGCCUGACAUUGCCGUGACUCUGUCGCACGUAAGAAGCCUCCUCAAGCCUGGGGGAAGGCUCCUAAUGCUAGAAAGCAUGCAUAUGGCGCCCCUUGACCUCGCCUAUCUCGGCCUUCCUGGUUGGUGGCUCGCAGAGGACGCCUAUCGAGCCUCAGGAGAGCCCCUAGUUGGACAAGACGUAUGGGACCGCGCUCUCAAAGACAGCGGCUUCACAGGGAUAGAUGGUGCCGUUGAAGACUACCCUGAUCAUCCUGACCGGAACGUCACGGCUAUCUGGUCCACAGUCGCAGGGUCUUGCAGUUCUGCCAGCACCAGCACUGAAGAUGGUGACGUGUUUCAGCGCCCAGCCCAAGUGACCAUUUGUGGUUUCUGGGACGAUGAAAACGAAGCCGAGGCUCGCGGUUUCGCCCAGAGAGUGUCGCGCGAAGUGCUCAGGCGCUUAAAGUGCGAGUCAUUGCCAUCCGUUAAGGAGUUUUCCGACUUCGAGGUCGAUCCGGCGGUCUACUGUAUCUUUGUAGAUGGACACCAUCGAAGCAUCUUUGACAACAUUUCACCGAGCCGCUUUGAAAAACUAAAACGCCUGCUUCUCGAUAGCGCAGGCAUCUUGUGGGUUUCUUCCAAACACGCCCCUCCCGAGGCUGGCCUAAGCAAGGGCCUGUUACGAUCCCUUCGUCACGAAGACCCAGCAAAGAUGAAGGUGCUGUUGGAAGGUUCAGUAUUCACAGAUGGCGAUGAUCAAGGACGAUCAGCCAAAGCCGUAGCGAGGAUAGCCCAGCAACUGGUAACAGACGAGGAUUCAGCGAGGCUACGCCACGAUCAGGACUUGGUUCUCAAGAAUGGACAGGUACACGUCAGUCGUCUCUCGGAAAAAGAGGAGGGUCGAGAUGUCUUUGCAGAAGAACAAGGCGUGGCCAUUGCAAAGGAAGAGCAGAUGAUACCGCAAGAUGAAGCAGUUGAAAUGACCAUCUCGUCCACAGGAGAUAUCGAUGCAAUCUACUUUCAACGAACAUCGCUUUUGUCAACAGAACCUGAAGACGACGAGAUCAUUGUCAAAGUACAAGCAGCAUCUCUCAACUUCCGCGAUGUGCUCAUCCUCCUCGGCUCUAUCCCUUGGUAUGCACCGGGCCGCGAGGGGGCGGGAGAAGUGGUGCAGGUCGGGGCAAAGGUGCAGUCUGUCAAGGCUGGGGACCGAGUUUUUUUCUAUACAACAGACAAGGCCAGCAGCUUUGCCAACUUUGUCCGAGUUCCUCACUGGUACGCAACGAAAGUACCAUCAUUCUUGAGCGUGGAGGAGGCCGCAUCAUUACCCACGGCAUACUAUACCGCCAUUGCGUGUCUCGAGACUCUAGGCAGGCUGCAAGAAGGUGAGACGCUGCUCAUACACUCAGCAGCAGGAGCCGUCGGCCAGGUAUGCAUACAACUUGCCCAGCAUAUUGGCGCGCGUAUCUUCGCUACGGCUGGGACUCCGGAGCGGAGAGAUUACCUACGACAAAGCUAUCACUUGACGGAGGUCUUUGAUAGUCGUACCACAGAAUUCCGCGAACAGAUCCUGCGAGCAACCAAAGGAAAAGGUGUGGAUGUUAUUGUGAACUCACUCAGUGGGAAUCUUCUUCAGGCCACGUGGGAUGUCGUCGCCGACUAUGGCCGCUUCGUCGAGAUUGGACGGAUCGACUUCAUUGCCAACAGCCAACUGGCCAUGCGACCUUUUGAUCGAAAUGCUACUUUCAUGGGACUAGACAUAUCCAGACGGCCCAUGUCCGAAAGACGAAGGGUCAUGGACCGUAUCGUCGAGCUGCUAAAGCAGGGCGUCUUCAAACCGCUGCAUCCCUUGACACUCGUUCCGAUAUCGCAAAUCCAGAAAGCAUUGCGAAAAUUGCAGCUUGGCCAGAUCAUUGGUAAGGCGGUUGUUACCGUGUCAGAAUCGGACAUGGUACUGGCCGAGCGACCCAGACGAUUGGCAUCUACGACCAUUUGGCUGUCGUCCGCGGCCACAUAUCUUAUCACGGGUGGUACCGGCGGUAUUGGGCGUUCCUUGUCAGCGUGGUUGCUUCAGAAUGGCGCUGGCCAUGUUGUUCUGCUCGGUCGUAGCGGCGCCUCUCAGCCCAAGGUCGCUAAGUUGCUCGAAAUGUACCCUGGCCGUCUGCAUGCUGUAGCUUGUGAUGUUGGGCAACGAUCAGAUCUCGUGCGCGCCUUAGAAGAGAUCAAGAGCGAGGGCCUUCCCUCCGUUCGUGGUGUGAUCCAUGGUGCUCUUUACCUUCGAGAUGCGUUGUUCAAUAACACGACUUUCGAAGACUGGCAAAAGAUUACAGGACCCAAGGUUGCUGCAACGUGGAGCUUGCAUGAACUUCUCCCUGGUUUGGACUUUUUCAUCUCUCUUAGUUCAAUGACUGGAGUGUUUGGAACUCUUGGCCAGCCAGCUUACUGUGCAGCAUCGGCAUUUUUGAACUCGUUUGCGCGGUACCGCCUAGCCCGCGGCCUCCCCGCUAGUUCCAUCUGCUUACCCCUUGUCGAGGACAUUGGAUAUGUUGCCGAAUCGUUGGGAAACGAAGAUGAGUGGAGACGAUCGCUUGGCCUCACGUUGAAAGAGGAGCACAUCUUUUCUCUCGUCAAGAGCGCCAUCGUCGCCCCAUCUGCUCUUUAUGAUAAUGGCGUAGGUCUCUCAUUUUGCUUCACUGCCCAAGACGUGGAGGGCUCGCAGUUCCCAUGGAUGAACCAGAACUACUCAAUGGCUGUCCGCAACGGCAUCGCUGGUAGCGGCGGCUCCUCUGGCACUUGCCAGCUUGAAACAACCAAAAAACCAGGCGACAAGGCUCGACGGGUUUUGCCGAGCCAAGAUGUACUCGAGAAUCUCACACAAAAGGUUGCGGAUAUCACGAUGAUGGAUCUAGAGGAGUUACACUCGACCUCCAAACUGGAAGACUUGGGUCUGGACUCGCUCGUGGCAGUUGAGCUGCGGAACUUCAUUCGUCGUGAGUGGGCUGUUGAACUUGGCCUGAAUCAGAUUGUUGGCGGGGGAAGCUUAGGGUCGUUGGCGGAAGCUAUUCAGUCCUCGCAGGCCGAAUUCGCUGGAUAA